AAGAUGUUACAUAUGCUUUAUAAUAACUCCUAUCACCAUUGCCCUCAGGGAUUGCCUCCUUUGGAAUAGCACCACCACCUUGUCUAUCCAAUAUCAUGGACCUAUGGUUUUCUAACAGUUGAGAAUGCUCUGCUUUUCAGAUAAUACCAUCCAGUCGAUUUUCUGUUGCUGCUGUUGCUGUUCCGUGCAGAAUCGACAAGUGAGAACACAAAUACGCCUGAGCAAAGAUGAAGAACUUUCGGAAAAAUACAGUCGGCAUCGCAGGCCAUGGUUUAGUGAAUUGCCAAGUAAGAAGCAAUCCAAUAGGGGACGUGUACAACCAUCAAAACGCAAGCCGCUGCCUCCCCUCCCAUCCUCUGAGGUUGCUGAAGAGAAAAUCCGAGUCAAGGCACUGUAUGAUUUUCUGCCUAGAGAGCCCUGUGAUUUAGCUUUAAAGAGAGCAGAGGAAUACCUGAUACUGGAGAAGUACAAUACUCACUGGUGGAAGGCAAGAGACCGUUUGGGGAAUGAAGGCUUAAUCCCAAGCAACUAUGUGACUGAAAACAAACUAACCAAUUUAGAAAUAUAUGAGUGGUACCAUAAAAACAUUACCAGAAAUCAGGCAGAACGUCUUUUGAGACAAGAGUCUAAAGAAGGUGCAUUUAUUGUCCGAGAUUCAAGACAUUUGGGAUCCUACACAAUUUCUGUGUUUAUAAGAGAUAGGAGCACUAUGGAGGCUACUAUCAAACAUUAUCAGAUUAAAAGGAAAGACUCAGGACAGUGGUACGUGGCUGAAAAACACCUCUUUCAAUCAAUCCCUGACCUGAUCUGGUAUCACCAGCACAAUGCAGCCGGUCUCAUGACCCGUCUCCGCUACCCAGUUGGUCUGAUGGGCAGUUGUUUGCCAGCCACAGCUGGUUUUAGCUAUGAAAAGUGGGAGAUAGAUCCAUCUGAGUUGGCUUUUGUAAAGGAGAUUGGAAGCGGGCAGUUCGGGGUGGUCCAUUUAGGUGAAUGGAGAGCACACAUCCAGGUAGCUAUCAAGGCCAUCAAUGAAGGCGCCAUGUCUGAAGAGGAUUUCACUGAAGAGGCUAAAGUGAUGACGAAAUUAUCUCAUUCGAGGCUAGUUCAGCUUUAUGGAGUAUGUAUACGGAAGAAGCCCCUUUACAUUGUGACGGAGUUUAUGGAAAAUGGCUGCCUGCUUCACUAUCUCAGAGAGAGAAAAGGAAAGCUUAGGAAGGAAACGCUGCUGAGCAUGUGCCAGGAUAUAUGUGAAGGAAUGGAGUAUUUGGAGAGAAACUGCUUUAUUCAUAGGGAUUUAGCAGCAAGGAAUUGUUUGGUCAGUUCCACAAAUAUAGUAAAAAUUUCGGACUUUGGAAUGACGAGGUAUGUUUUGGAUGACGAGUAUAUCAGUUCUUCUGGAGCCAAGUUCCCAGUCAAGUGGUCCCCUCCAGAAGUUUUCCAUUUCAACAAGUACAGCAGCAAAUCUGAUGUCUGGUCAUUUGGAGUUUUGAUGUGGGAGGUUUUUACAGAAGGGAAAAUGCCUUUUGAAAAUAAGUCAAAUCUUCAAGUUGUGGAAGCCAUUUCUAAAGGCUUCAGGCUGUACCGCCCUCACCUGGCACCAAUGUCCAUAUAUGAAGUCAUGUACAGGUGCUGGCAUGAGAAACCUAAAGGCCGCCCUACCUUUGCUGAGCUGCUGCGGGUUCUCACAGAGAUUGCAGAAACCUGUUGACCUGAGUGGAAUGUCAACUCAGAGGAUCACGUUGUAAAACUGUCCCCAGAAGGAACCCUGUACGUGGUCACUGAUGGUGAAUAUCAUCCUCUAGAGUUGCUGACUCUUGGAAACAUUGAGAAGAUCACAGGCUUUCCAAACUUUUUAAAAUUUAAAAAUAUUCUAACAAUAAUUCGUCUACAUGUGUUUGAGACGGACUUCUAAAUUCUUAUUUUUCUGUAACAUUCUUCAUGUCCCUCAUGUAAAGAUGGGAAAAAAAUGCUCCGUAGCUGUCCUCACAGUGGCUGAUGUUUCCAAGAAUAGCCCUGAGAGCCCCUAAAGGGACAUGAAAACCUGAUCCUCUACAGGGCUGAGGACUUUCCUGAAGGAGUGACAUUCUUUACGUAAGUGGUCCAUGCAUAGAAGAAGAAAAUAAAUUCUUCCAACUCAUGCAAUAAAGGAGCCUCGCCUGCAGAAUCUCCUGCUUUUGAACUGUACAGAUCUUUCUAGAGAAGGCACCUUUGCAAACUACAUGAAUGUGAGCAUUCUGGAACUCUUCCCUAUGUUAUUUAAUAUGUUGUUUUUGCACAUAUCUGAUUAUUUUGGAGACAGUUUCUUGUAUUCCAGUUUUAAACACUGUUCUAGGAGAUAACCAAAGUUCUUUGAACAGAUCCUGGUGAUAUUUCCAUUUGCAGUAACGUCCAUCGUCAAAGGCGAUUCAGAAUCUGAAUUUCAGUUCUAAGGUUUCACGCUUUGUGCAUGUGAAAUGGGACAAUUUAAGAAGGCUUAUGUUGUCAUAGAAAUUACCUCCUGUGCCUUACCAGAACAUGACUUGGUCUUUCCACAAGAAGAAGAGGAGGCAAAAACAAGAUAACAACAUGUUACAUCAAGCUCCUUUAUUUCUGAAGUCCAGGAUUUUGAAUUCAAGAUGCAGUUACUUGUAAUCACAAUUAAAUUUCUCAUGAACUGUUUGUAGGAAUGAUUGGAAAUUGAUCUUUAUCAUUCCGACUUCUUAGGAAAUACCAUAGGAAGAAGGGUACAGCAAAAAGCACGUGUCAUUCCGAUGAGAUUUAACAACAGGAGCCUAUUAUUUUUAUACCAUCUUGCCCUGCAUCAUGGUUCUGGGGGAACUUGUUUUCUGAUUCUCAUUAGAUUCUAAGUUGCCAACUGUCAGUAGUUGGGACUUUUAAAUCAUAUUUCCCCACUCCAGGAAUGAUAUCUUUGAAUAUCAAUAGUGCUCAAUAAAUGUGCAUUGAAAUAAUGAGCGUCAGGCACAAGAAGAGCCUUGAUAAUUUAAGUGGUGAUCUCAUAAAUAUUUAUCUGAGAUUCUGUGCUGUUUCUGAGGCUAUCACAGCCCUUUUCCUCAUGGCUUUUGCUAUGGGGAGGGAAGACAGAGGGCUCCUACGACUGAGACCAUAGUUCAAGUAAAAUGAUGAGGAAGUCUAGUUCAAGAGGGCAUGAGACUAUUAAACAGGGAAAGUUAAUCUCAUAACAGUAAAUAAAGUAGUGCCAAUAUAUAUAGUAAGAUGUCUUUCUCAGGUUUUAUUAAGCUUGAAAGUCCCCACACUCUCCCCCAAAUUAACAAACAAACACUGAAAUGAUAGGACUGACGAUAAAGCAUCUGCCCACAUUAUCGGUGCAAUGCAGGUGACAGAGUAGGCAGCAAAGAGUGAUACUCAGAGAUAAGUCAUUCCUGAGGUCGUAUGGCAGCAGAUGGCAUUUCUGACAGCAUACAUUGGUGACGGUAAGCAAGCACCGUUCCUUUUGUUUUAACACUUCAGGCAAGUUUGAGAUACCAAAUUAGGAACAGGAAUACCUGGAGCUAUCACCUACGUAACUGAGACGCAGAUAAUGUGUGAAUGUGGAAUGUCUAUGGACAGAGAUUCAGCAUUCUCUGUCUAGCAAAAGAAAAAAAAUUCUUUAAAGAGUAGUUGCACAACUUCUUCUGGAAGGGAACUAGGUUUUGCAACCAAUCUUAGUGUUAGUUAUUUAUAUGCGCUCUCUGUGGGUAGUUUAACUAGUUUAGGGUGCCGUAGUGCAAUAGUAAAACAGCUUUGCAUAAGAAACGAACAGGAGGUUAGGGGGUGGUUACAGGUGAGACCCCUAAACAGGAGAAGACAGGAAGUCAAAGCAAGGAGGGGAAGCUCAGAAAAAAACCAGAAUUUGGAGGCCAAGCGGAAGAUCUGAUCAGUGUAAAUAACCAGUUGACAAGAAUAGCCAAAGGAAAUUUUCUUUAAUAAACUUAUAAUUGAAGUAUAAUACAUGGUCCCACUAUUGCAUUGGCAACAUGUUUGACUGGUACUCAAACCCAGCAGACACAAUAGCAUUUAAUCCAGCAUUAAGUUUGCUUAGCUUUUUAGGAGGAUUCAGGACAGGAAAGAGAAUAUGCACAGUCCUUCAGUCUCCGUGGAAGCCUACAAAUUCUCCAUGUGCAUAGAUGCUUGGGUUCCUCACCUGCCUAGAGAGUGUGUAUAUAGCUUAGUUCUCAUAAAGUGAAUACAUCUGUGUAACUAACACUCAGGUCAAGAAAUGGUGCAUUCCAAAAUUUCAGAAUCCAUUCUCAUUCCUUAUUUAAGUCAUUAACCCAAUAGCAGUCAAUAUGCUGACUUCCAACACCAUGGAUUAGUAUCAGCUAUUUUUGAAUUUUCUGUAAAUGUAAUCCUAUCGUACGCACUCUUUUGUGCCUGGCUUCUUUCACUCAAUAUGUUUCUUUGAUCCAUCCAUGUUGUAUAUAGUUGUAUUUCAUUCAUUCUCAUUUCUGUAUAGUCUUCCACUAUGUAAUUAUACUACAGAUUAUUUAUCUAUUCUAUUCUUGAUGGAUAUAUGGAUUGUUUCCAAUUUUAGGUUAUUAAGAUUAGUGCUGCUAUGAACAUUUUUCUAUAUAGAAAACUUCUGUUAAGUAUAUACCUAGAAGGGGAAUUGCAGGGCCCAAAAUUGUGUGUCUGUUCAGCUUCUGUAAGUAGUGCCACAAAGUAUUCCUAAGUGGAUAUAACCAAGGAUACAACCCGCAGCAGCGUGUGAGAGUCCCAGCUGCUUCAGACCCUCAACGUUUGGAAUUGUCUUGGCCAUCACAAUGGACACGGGAUUUUUAUGGGUGACGAUGUCUCAUACUCAACUUUAAGUUUUUCGUUGAGCUGAGUGGCAAUAUAAUCUCUGUCCCCCACUCUUUGUUGUAAGCAUAGCAGUGUGUCACAUAUACCAUUUACUGUAAAUAGCAUUGGAUAGGACUGAAGUGAUUCUGGGUGAUACAAAAGGAAAACAUUAGAGAUAUAAUGCAGAGCAGAGAAGGGGAAUUUGACAGAAGCAAGAGCUUGGUUCUGGAGAUAUUAUGAAAGAUGUGGGUUUCCCAUCAUAUGGGGGAUGGAUACAACACACAAACACACACACACACACACAACUAUUUGCAUCUUUAAUUUCUUUCCAAAGAGUGGGGUUCUUAUUAAAUGGAAGACCAUGAUUUGAUGAGAAAUUUGAUAGGUUUGGCUGAACACAUUUGGGGGUUGGCACUGGAGACAGAUACAUUGCUUGACCUACUCAUACAGAGAAACUGGAGAAGGGAGAGGAGGAGAGGAGCUGAUGAAAGAUCUGGAGGGAGAACUUGGGAAAGAAGGAAUGUCUUGUCGUAGGUUGAGGUCACCAUCCCAUCCCAUUACCCCCAGCUAUUCAAUAAAGCCAA